AUGAGUUCACAUACGCAGUCAGCCUCUAGGCUGAUACUUUCCAUCAACAACAUUCUUUCCGAUACUGGUCAGUCAUCUAUCACCGGGGUGCCUUCAAAUACCCCACGCAACCCCGUGUCCAACGAACCAAAAAACGAACCAAAAAACGAACAACAACAACAACAUCAACAUCAACACUUGCUGAAUGGUACAAGAGAAAGGGCUCAAGGUCAAAGUGGAGCUAUGCCAUCCACUUUACACUCCAACCCAGCUGUCGUGACCCCUUCUUCAGCCUCGGAAAUAUCUCACACAGACCCGAGAAAUGCCGACCCACCACGAAAACGAUCCAAAAUCUCUCGAGCUUGCGACGCUUGCAGAAAGAAAAAAGUCAAAUGUAAUGCAGAAUUUUCAACAACUCUUAACAAAGUGACAAAGAUUUGCAAUAAUUGUGAGAAGAAUGUGGAAAACUGUACUUUUUCGCGGACACCACUAAAAAGGGGUCCUUCAAAGGGGUAUACUAAGGAUUUGGAAGAUAGAAUUGAUGCAAUCAAUGGGAAAAGUGAAAGUCGGCUUUCUAGCGAUGGUGGAUCAUAUAACCACCACAUACAACAAAACACUUCCAGUGGUAUUUCACCCAGUAGACCAGAUGGGCUGGCACUGGACGAUGGUAAAAAUUCACAUUCUAGUUCUAACCUGACUAAUCUGCAAAACCGACCACAUUCACAAUCGCUCUCGUCGCUCGGUGGUACAAUCAAGCUUCCACCAUUGAUGGGUUAUCUACCAAAAUCUGUUCCAGGUAUUCAAAGUUCUGGUACUAUAAACUAUGAGCCCGAUCAACUAAGCCCAAAAAAUGCACAACGUCCGCUUCCUUCUUCAAAUUAUGUUCAAACACAAACUCAAGCAACACCACAAGCUCCAUCAUCACAAGCACCACCACCACCACAGCAACAACAGCAACAACAAGGGCAAGGGCAAGGAAACUCAAAUGCAACUAGUCCGCCAAUACAGGGUCCCUUUUGGAAGGUUCCAUACGAAAUGCCUCCUGCCUCUACCUCCCACCGCUCAUCAAUAGUGAACUUGAGCAGCUCGGGACAGUCUCACAGUCGAAGGAAAUCAUCUAUAGACUCGAUUACCUCAAACUCAACGACAAACAGCAGAAUACCUUUGGUGAGAACACCGUCAAGUGCCAUGCUCAGCGAUAGCGACUCAGAAGACUUUUACUCUAUUCGAUCAGGUACCUCUAUUGCAAGCCGCCCGAUGUUUACUAGAGAAAAUAGCCAGUCUCUAUCACCAAGGAAUUCAAUCGUUUCGCUUUCGAGCUUGAAUGGUCGAAUGAAUAGGUCUUUACAUGUUGGUGUUCCACCACAAUCUCCCGUUGGGUCAUCGGUAGUUGGGUCGCCGUAUAAUUUCACUCCACAACCAACACAGCAACAACAAAUUGAAUUUUCGAAAUCCAAUCCUCACCAGUUUCUAUCUACUCCACAAAUUGCGCAGAUAAAUCCUCACCAGCCACAUAAACUGCCAAUGGAUUUGCUUAAAUUGGACUUGGAAGUAUAUGAGCGCACUUUUGCACCAACUUUCCCCAUUUUGCAGGUUUCUGCAGAGACACUAAUAAGCAUGAUCAAGUCAACGGGGGACGAAAUGCCAAUUGAAAACAUUGUAGAAAGUUUCCAUCUUGCUUUGAAUGAUUUGAUCAACUUCAAAACCACAGAAGAAUAUGCUUCAAUAUCUUUGUUCUUUAGGUUGCAGCUGAUUGCCUCGCAAUCUAAAGUAAACAAGUAUACUAGGUUCAUUUUUGCUGCAAGCUUGGUGGUGCUCAAUUACACUUUGCUUCUUAAAGGCGUGCGCUAUUCUCCUGGUAUUGCAAUGGCAGCGGCAUUUUUUGGUGACUUGACUCCAGUGGAAGUGUAUUUACAAAAAAAGAGUUUAAAAGAACCAUUGGACCCACUUUUAAUUGCCUUUGUGAGGUUGUAUUUGACACUUGUGAUUAUCGAUAGUGUCUCCAGUCUUGUUGAAGGUACCACAAAACUUGUCACUUUGGACUCUACAGCAACUACAUUGAUCUUGGGUAAUGACAAAGAGAAUAAUCUACUUACAAUGGAGUGCCCAAUCUUGAAGGAUGAGUUAUGUUUAACUAACAUUUUGAAUGAUCGAAAACACUUGUGCAAUCGAACUAAUGGUUACGAAAUUAAGGACGAACUUCACACACUGAGUCCCGAUGUUUUAUGUACUCAUUUUACCAAUAUUAUUCGUCGCAAAUAUGCAGUUUACCAACUAAUACUCAAUGAAACUGCUUCAAACAUAAAUUUGUCAACCCUCACUGCAAGGUUAGAUGUAUUGGCCUCAACGGUUAUGCAUUUUGCAAAUUACCUUAGUACAACGACAAUAUCCAACAAGAGUGUAGUACAUCCUUACUUGUGUGCAUCUGUUGUGCAGCUGUUUUAUGUUGUGGCGUUCACCAAACGUAUCAUUUCUCAUAUGCAGCCCACUGAUGAGGUUUCUAAAAUCAACCACAAUUUAUCAAUCUCGUUCAAUUUGCUUAAUUUGAAUUUAAACAAUUUGCAAUUGAGUGAGUCCAAGGUGAGACAAAUACGAGACCAGCUCACGAGAGAUAAACUUGAUUUCUCGUACACUGGUCAGCCAGCUAAGGAUUUAGGUUGGCUUGAAGAAGUCAAGGUUGCUGUACAAAAGGACUUGAUGAAUGGGUAUAAGUAG